CUUCAUCAAUUGGCAAAAGAAGAAGACGAAGAUGAUGAUGGAUGAUUUGAAGGGCAAAGUAUGCGUGACCGGUGCAGCUGGUUUUGUAGCCUCAUGGCUGGUGAAGCGCCUUCUUUUAUCUGGUUAUCAUGUCGUUGGAACCGUCAGAGAUCCAGAUGAUGAGAAGAAAGUUGGACAUCUGAAGAGGCUGGAGGGAGCAAGAGAGAGACUGGAGCUAGUGAGGGCGGAGCUCAUGGUCCCAGGCAGCUUCGAUGCACCAAUUACGGGAUGUGAUGGAGUUUUUCACACUGCUUCUCCCGUCAUCGGACUGCCUAAGUCUGAUCCCAAGGCUGAAAUAUUGCAACCUGCAAUUGAUGGCACACUCAAUGUUCUACGUUCAUGCAAGAAGAAUCCUUCGCUUAGGCGUGUCGUUCUCACCUCUUCUUCCUCUACGGUAAGGGCAAGAGACGAUUUCGACUCUGCUCUACCUUUGAACGAGUCUUCCUGGAGUUCUGAGGAGCUUUGUCACAAACUCAAUCUCUGGUAUGCACUGUCAAAAACUCUAGCGGAGAGGGCUGCAUGGAAAUUCUGUGAGGACAACAAAAUCGAUCUCGUUACACUUCUCCCCUCAUUUGUGAUUGGACCAAGUCUACCACCUCUUUUAUGCUCUACUGCAUCUGAUGUGCUUGGCUUCCUCAGAGGGGAGACGGAAAAAUUCCAAUGGCAUGGAAGAAUGGGAUAUGUUCAUAUCGACGAUGUUGCUUUGAGCCACAUUCUCCUCUAUGAGAAUGAAAAUGCAAAAGGGCGCUAUCUAUGCAGCUCAACAGUUCUUGACAACCAUCAGCUAGCAGCAAUCCUAUCAGCUCGCUAUCCAACCUUACCAAUUCCAAAAAGGUUUGUCAAACUUGACAGACCACACUAUGAAUUGGACACCUCCAAAUUAAAGGGCUUAGGAAUGCAAUUCAGAUCAAUCCAAGAGAUGUUUGAUGAUUGUGUUGAGUCUUUAACUGCGCAAGGCCAUCUGCCUUUAAUCGCCUCAUCCCUCAAGCCAACAUCUUAACAUCACAAGCUUUCUCUAACAACCUAGUCCCACCUACUUUUUCUGUUCAAGUUUUUUACUGCACCAGCAGGAUAUUGGUAUUUUCCAUAUUCUAAAAUAGAUGUUUAGAAUCUUGCAUCAGGAGACAGCAAGAGAAAACAUUUAGUUGCAUGUUAUAUACAGCUUAACUAUUGAGUAAUUUAACUCCAAAAAAAUUGAUUGUUCAUCGACAUAAUAAAUCGACCAAAUAAAAGGGUUACUUCCACAAAAUUCUUUUG